AUGGAUUUGUAUUGGGACUUUUGUGCAGAGGAGACGAGAAUGAGCAGAAGCAGAGAUCAUCCCCCUGAGCCUCUUGAUUUCUUCAUCUGGACUGUUGAGGAUGUUGGAUCUUGGCUUGAGGAGAUAAAACUUGGGAGCUACCGUCUGAUUUUCAAAGAAAAUGGCGUCAAUGGAGAGUAUCUAGAAAGCAUGUCUGUCUUUACAACCGAACAGAUCCUUCAGUUCAUAAGGAGGCAUCACAUGAAAUGGGGAGAUUUCAUCACCCUCUGCAAAGAACUCAGAAGAAUCAAAGUUGCUUGCUUGAAAGGUGAGCAGAGAGUUCGACGGCCAUGGUGGGCGCCGUCUUGUCUAUCAGUAGUCUUUGUUAAGGCGGCUAAGCGCAACCGACAGUCUCGUGUUGUAUCUUUAAAGCUCGAAUCUUGACAAUUGAUAUUACACUUUGGAUGUUUAUGUACCUACUUGUCUCUCUUCUUUUCCUCUUCUUGGUUUGGGUUUUGUUUGUGGAGAUAAAAAGCCACAUGCGCAAGCACUAGGAAGAAAGAGCCAAAAUGCUGUUUGGCCUUUGGUAAAAUCUUGCAAGUAGGGGAAAAAACUUGCUUGCUCUCUAAAUGUUUACGCGUAUGGAUUGUGCAAUAUGUUGUUAUGCGACAGAUAAUUGUAUGACUAAUACGAAGUAGUAAUUU